AAAUGAUCUAAUAUCGAAAAUCAAAAUGUUUUGGUACUAUUCAGUACAAAUGUUUACAAUAAUAAUAUCUUGUAUCUUUUGGUAAAAAAUUAUACAUGAUACUAGUAUAAAAUGUAUCAUGAUACAAGAUACAAGAUACAAUAUAUCGUAUCUUUGAUACAGUCCAACCCUGGUUACGAGCAGUUAUUUAGUUUUUUUUUAGAAUACUUGUUUUUACUUUUAUCAUACACACUAGCUGAAAACUACAAAAAGACAUAGGUAUGCAGUAUAACAAUGUGUUAAUAAUCGGCCCAAUUUUCAUAAUCAAAAAUCAAUUCCGUUUCUAAUAUUAUAUUCAUGUUUAGCUUUUAAUUUUGAUGAAGUAUUUGUUAAAAUUAAAAUUAUAGGACUGAAUAUGAGAGGCCAUUGACGCAUCAUAUGUGCGUUCAGAUAAUCUGAUAGAAAAAAUAAUAACUGCUAAAUUGCGGUAUUUUCGAAAAUGAAAUAUACUAUAUUAUUAUACGUAAAAAAAACAUAGUACUAUUCAUACUAGGAUGGUAAAUUUUUUUGAGGGGGGCUUUGGCCUUUCCAGGGGCAGACAUGUAACGACGCGUGGGGGGCUAAGCCCCCCCCUAACUACGCCUAUGGUACUAUUCUUACCAAAGAAGUUACAUGUAUUUUAAUAUUUUUGAAUAUCCCGGGCUUCCCGAAAUAUUGUUAUCAGUUAUUAUGUUUUGAUAAUUUGAUAUCAAUGUUUGAUGUUUUGAAUGUUUUGAUCGUUAUAAGUUCAUCACGUAUUUAAUAUUUAUAUAGUAUUUACUGUACACCUGAGUGACUACGUUUCUAUUCAUUUUUGUUAUACUUGUGUAUUUGUUGUUCUGUAUUAUUCUACCUACUACCAUCAUGUCGCAUAAUAUAAGUGAUAAAAGCAUGUUGGCAAGCUUAGAUGAAAUUAUGGCAAACGAGGAGUCGGACGACGAAUUCAUAAGUGAUUUUUCCGUUAGUUUUGAUGAAUCUGAUGAAGAAGAAAUCGCUUCUAAGCAAGACAUUGGAACUAUGCAAGGUGAUGUUCACAAAUACACUGUAUUCCAUCAAAAUGAUGCAAAGUAUAAAACUAUGUCGGAUACUGAACAACCUGAUACUGAAGAAGAAACUGAAGUUUCAAUUCCAACACAUCAACCAAAAGUAAUUGUACCUCGAAAAAUUAACAAAGGUCUGUUUAUUCCAAAUUUUAAAUGGAAAUCUGAUACACCAUUUCAACCUAAAGUUCAUCAGUUUUGUCCUAGUAAAAGUGGUAUCCAAAAAGAGUUUGAACUGAACAGUAUCUCUACUAUUUUAGAUUUUUUUGAAGCUUUCGUAACUCCAUUUUUACUGGGCAAAGUUGCAUAUGAAACAAAUGAAUACUAUAGGCAAAACACUGAAUCACAUAUUAUGUCAUAUCACAAUGUAAGUUGGUAUGACACUACAUCAGAAGAAUUAUAUUUAUUUAUUUCAAUACUAAUGCUUAUGGCAAGAAAUAAAAAACUUGACAUUUCAGAAUAUUGGUCUACAGAUCCACUACUUUGUUCUCCUAUUUUUGGAAAAAUUAUGAGUAGAAAUCGGUUUCAAUUACUUAUGCGUUAUAUUCAUUUUUGUAAUAAUAACAAUCAAGUCUCAAAUGACCGCUUAUUCAAAAUUGAUAUGGUAUUACAAGAUAUAAAGAAUAAUUUCAAAUCUGCUAUGGUGCCAUUUCAAAAUCUUGUUAUUGACGAGAGUUUUGUGCCAUUCGAGAAAUUCAUAAGAACUGAACGUCAUCAGUUUGGAAUCAAAUUUUUUAUUUUGUGUGAUGUAAAAACAGACUAUAUUUUAGAUUUCAUAAUAUAUACUGGAAAAACUACACGUCUUGUUUCAUGUGAUGUUAACUUAGGCAAAUCAGGUGCUGUUGUAAAAACAUUGAUGAAAAAAUAUUUGAAUAAAGGUCAUACUCUAUAUACUGACAACUGGUAUACAUCACCAAUACUAUCAAUGUACUUGCAUAAAAAAAAAACCAAUACUUGUGGAACUGUAAGAUGUAAUCGUCGUGGAAUGCCACCAUUCAAAAAAACUAAAUUUCAACCAGGUCAAACUGAAAGUAAACAUACUGGGAAAAUGUUAACAAUAAAAUGGAUGGACCGGAGAGAGGUGCAUAUGCUUACCACGAUACAUGAAGAUGAACAAUUACCUAUUAAAAAACAUGGUAAAGUAACAAUGAAACCUAAAUGUGUUAAAGAAUACAACAAAAAUAUGGGAUUUGUGGAUAAUACUGUUAUGUUACUAAGUAGUGUGGAAUGUGUAAGAAAAACAAUGAAAUGGUACAAAAAAAUAUUUUUCCAUUUGAUAGAUUUAUCAUUGUUAAAUGCUUACUCGUCAUACAAAACAGUUACUGGAAACCAUAUACCAAAAUCUCAGUUUCAGAUAGAACUAAUAAGACAAAUAAUAGAAAAAUAUCAAACUGAUCGUGUAGCAAAAUCAAGACCACCAGCUAAGGACCAACCAUCAAAACUAAUUGAUAGACAUUUUCCAUCACAAGUUCCAGCAACACAAUCUGGAAGGCUUGCCAGAAGAAGAUGCCAACUAUGCAAGAAGAAUAAUAAGCGAACUGACACUAGAUACAUGUGUACAGAAUGUGAUGUGGGCUUAUGCGCAGUACCUUGUUUUAAUAUAUACCACACAAAAGAAUUUUGACUACUAUUUUUUCAUAUUUUAAUAUAGACUGUAGUAUAAUACUUAAAUGUAAUUACAUGUCAAUUUUAAAUUCUGAUACAUGUAUUUUUUUUUUUAAAUACUUAAUUUUUUUAAUUUUUUAUAUAUGCGUUAUUAAUUACCGGGUAACAAUAAAAGUUGAGAAAUCCUGGCUGGUUAAUUAAAAAAUACUUACAACUAAUUAGGAAAUUAACUACUUAAUUUAAUUUUUAUAAUUAUAUGUUCAGGAAAUUCAUUAAAUAAAAUAAAAAAAAGUGAUAAUUCCAAAAAAACAAAAAAAACCGCUUGAUUUGCCAAUGGUAAAUAAUUUACAAGUGCUUGGCAAGGAAAAUAUUUAUGAAAACUGUUUAUCACCGAGGUUCUGCCUUAAUGUGAAUGAAAUAUAAUUUACUUAGUCUUACUAAAUUUGUGAUGGUCCAACUUGAGAUUCAUUCUUCUACCUCAAAGUACAAUUAUUUAAUUACAAGUAUUAAACUAACGCCACAAAUAUUAUAAAGUUCAUUAGGUAGAUAUUUAAUAUGCAACCUUUAUAAAUUGAUACAGUAUGAAUAAAAACUAACACCAGAAUUGUAUAAUUGGAUGCCGUGGAAUGAUUAAGUAAUAAAGUAAAUAGAAACUACCUAAAUAUCCAAAAAAUAAUUUUAAUAAUAUAAUUAAGACCACUACUAACAAUUGGUAAAUUUAUUAAACAUACAACCCGAUUACUAUUCAUUCCUCUGAUUAAAUUAAAAACAACUCAAUUUACGAACGCUCAAACAGACAUGUCAGUAUCCUCAGUUUGAUUUAACAAUAGUAAUAAACAAAUUACAAGUUGCAUUAGUUAAACAUAGUGUACCAUGGUUUAAAUCAGCGGUCGCCAACUGGUGGUCCACGGUAAAAAUUUGGUAGACCACAGAAAAAUUUGAACAUUAUUUGUAAUCGUUAUAUAAAAAAGUAGUGUAUAAUGUCGCUGUAUGUAGAUUCAGUUUACAAUAAAUAAGAUAUUAUUAUUAUCAUUAUUAUCGCGUGUUAUAAAAUAAAUAGACCUAAUUUCCAACAACGGUGGGUUAUUAUUGUCAUUGUAGAUAGGCGUGUCAUCAUCGUGCUCAGUAAAAUGCACGUAAAUAAUAUUUUAAUGUUUAAAUAUAAACCUCUUAUUAAUGGGUAUUCCUUGAAUACGUUGAUAAUCACUAAGGAUUCGAAUCCAGUCUUCAUUUUAACUUUUAUUUUUAUUGAAAUAUUUAGUCGUCUGCUGAUCGUAGGCAUUGUCGUAUUUUUUUUUAAACAUAAUAAGUGAUUCAUAG